AUGGUCCUGCUACACAAUCCCGGUUUCCCGGACUUUCUGCUUUCUCCAUCAAACAUGGGCUUUGCCACCAAAGAAGAGAGCAGCCUGGCCUCCCUUGGCCUGCAGCACCUGCUACUUGUGCCCUCCAGCUAUGGGAACCGCCUCCCUCCUUUCACCUGGAAAGGAACAGGAGGAAGAGCACAGGCUUUUGACCAGCUGCUGGGCUACUGUCCCACUGUGGCCCCAAACCAUUCAGAGCUUCCAUGUUCAGUGGUAAACGUUGAGGACAUUGAAGACCAGUUUCCCAGUCCCGGAAAAUGUUUGCAGAACACUGCCCGAGGUUCCUGCGGGCCUAAGAAAUGGAAACGUAAUGAGCGACAUCAUGUCAUUAGCAUCCAGUUAGCCCUGACGUCUAAUGAGGUGUCUGGUGGGGUUCAGGCCCUGCUGGUUUCUAGCCCUAGCAGCUUUGCCCUGCUGAGGACGUGUGACUGGCCCCGAGUGCUCUCCGAGGACAGUGCCACAGCCUCUGCUUUUCCAUCCCAGGAUUCAGUGCUGGUUCCUGGCUUCGUGGAUCUGUGCCCUGGAUGUCAUGGCCUCUUGUUCAUUCCCUUGACAACCUCCUGCUCUCUGACCCUGGGGCUUUCUAAGCCAGUCAUCUGCGUUCACCCUGGAUCUUCGGGUCCUUGGCACGUGGUGGUGUACGUGGAACCAGCCCUCCCAGGCCUCUCCUUCUCCCUCACUUUCCUGGGGCCCUGGCUGUUACGUAAACACUCGUGCACAGCGUGGGUGGCCACCUUCGGUGAGGCCCGUAUUUGUGGGCGGUGCUCUGUGUUCUGUGUCCGCGUGGCUGGCUGUGUCUCUGCUGGCGCUCACGUAGGGGUUCCUGUGAUACUUCUGCCUACCGUCAACUCUUGGCUCCCAGGAGCUGAGCAGGAAGGGAAGAGUGGACCGCCUGUCACGACCAUCUCUCCACAGCAGCUCUUGGGAGAAAUUGGCCUCCAGAGGCAGCCGGGGGAGAACGAGCUGGUAGUGGGAGGCCCGUGGUCCAUGCUCACCCGGACUGGCUCCUUCUCUGGUUUCUGGAAGGCGGUGUCUGCUGAUGGGAUAUGUAUGAGGUUUCCGGAUCACACUGACCUGAGGGCUGCUCUCUUCCCUUCCACAGGAUAUGGCAGCUGGAGAGAACUGGCCAAGGCUCUGGCCAGCAGGAACAUUCCAGCUGUGGAUCCACACCUCCAGUUCUACCAUCCCCAGAGGCUGAACCUCGAGGACCAUGAAAUUGACCAAGGUGGGAGCAGUAACAGCAGCUACUUGAAGUGGAACAAGCCUGUCCCCUGGCUGUCAGAGUUCCGGGGCCGUGCCAACCUGCACGUGUUUGAGGACUGGUGUGGCAGCUCUAUCCAGCAGCUCAGGAGGAACCUGCAUUUCCCGCUGUACCCCCACAUUCGCACAACCCUGAGGAAGCUGGCCGUGUCCCCCAGAUGGACCAACUAUGGCCUCCGCAUCUUUGGCUACCUGCACCCUUUCACUGACGGGAAAAUCCAGUUUGCCAUUGCUGCCGAUGACAACGCGGAGUUCUGGCUGAGCCUCGAUGACCAGGUCUCAGGCCUCCAGCUGCUGGCCAGUGUGGGCAAGGUAGGAGCCGCGACCCCGGGGCCCAUGGAGACAGCACUCUGCUUUCCUGCCCUCUCUCCUGCCAGCCUGUCAGCCUCCCACAGGUACUACUUCGAGGUGCUGCACAAGCAGAAUGAGGAGGGCACCGACCACGUGGAAGUUGCGUGGCGACGGAACGACCCCGGAGCCAAGUUCACCAUCAUUGACUCCGUCUCCCUGUCCCUCUUCACAAAUGAGACGUUCCUACAGAUGGAUGAGGUGGGCCACAUCCCACAGACAGCAGCCAGCCACGUGGGCUCCUCCAGUGCUCUUCUCAGGGAUGAGCAACCGCCUGCUGACAUGCUUCGGCCUGACCCCCGGGACACCCUCUAUCGAGUGCCUCUGAUCCCCAAGUUGCACCUCCGCCACGUCCUGCCCGACUGUCCCUACAAACCCAGCUACCUGGUGGAUGGGCUCCCUCUGCAGCGCUACCAGGGACUCCGGUUUGUUCAUCUGUCUUUUGUUUACCCCAAUGACUAUACCCGCCUGAGCCACAUGGAGACCCACAACAGAUGUUUCUACCAGGAAAACGCCUACUACCAAGACAGGUUCGGCUUUCAGGAGUACAUCAAGAUUGACCAGCCUGAGAAGCAGGGACCGGAGCAGCCAGCAGGUCUUGAGGAAAACCUAGAAGAGUCCCAGUAUGGGGAGGUGGCCGAGAAGACCCCUGCCUCCAACGACCAGAAUGCCGGGAUGCUCGACGGCAGACGGACACCGGCCUCCACCCCGGAGCAAGAGGUCACCGACUACCACCUCCGAAGCCUGCGGAAGCUCCUGGCUCAGUCUCGGGAUGGCCUGCUGGCCCCCUUCUCCACACGGAACUCCACGGCGCCCUUCCCAGGGAGGACCAGCAACAUUCCAGCACAGCAGCCGGAGAAGAGGAAGCGAAAACCCGGCCUUGAGCCCAGCCAAGAUUCACCCCAUUCUGACAAGUGGCCUCCUGGGCACCCUGCGAAGAACCCGCCUCUGAUGCGGGGGCCCCGGCCCAAGCCCGCCGGUGACAGCCCCGGGAAGACUCUGGAGCAGUCUCAGUGGCUGAACCAGGUGGAGUCGUACAUCGCAGAGCAGAGAUGGGGCGACAGGAUGCAGCCUCCGGCCCCAGGGAGGGGCUGGCACGGGGAGGAGGAAGUGGUGGCAGCCGCAGGCCAGGAAGGACAAGGGGAGGGAGAGGAAGAGGGGGAAGAAGAGGAAGAAGAGGAUAUGAGUGAGGUGUUCGAGUACGUACCUGUGUUUGACCCGGUAGUAAACUGGGACCAGACCUUCAGUGCCCGGAAUCUCGACUUCCAAGCCCUGAGGACUGACUGGAUCGAUCUGAACUGUAACACGUCUGGCAACCUGCUGCUUCCAGAGCAGGAGGCUCUUGAGGUCACACGGGUCUUCUUGAAGAAGCUCAACCAGAGGAGCCGGGGGCGGUACCAGCUGCAGCGUCUUGUGAAUGUGGAGAAGCGUCAGGACCAGCUACGUGGGGGCCGCUACCUCUUGGAGCUUGAACUGUUGGAACGAGGCCAGCGCGUGGUGCGGAUCUCCGAGUAUGUGUCUGCGCGAGGCUGGCAGGGCAUCAACCCAGCUGGUGGGGAGGAGGCUGAGGCCCGGAACCUGCAAGGCCUGGUCUGGGACCCACACAGCCGUCGGAGACGGGUCCUGAAUACCCGGGCCCAAGAACCCAAGCUGUGCUGGCCCCAGGGUUUCUCCUGGAAUCACCGAGCCGUGGUCCACUUCGUUGUGCCUGUGAAGAACCAGGCACGCUGGGUGCAGCAAUUCAUCAAAGACAUGGAAAACCUGUUCCAGGUCACCGGCGACCCACAUUUCAACAUCAUCGUCACUGACUAUAGCAGUGAGGACAUGGAUGUUGAGAUGGCACUGAAGAGGUCCAAGCUGCGGAGCUACCAGUACGUGAAGCUAAGUGGAAACUUUGAACGCUCAGCUGGACUUCAGGCUGGCAUAGACCUCGUGACGGACCCGCACAGCAUCAUCUUCCUCUGUGACCUCCACAUCCACUUCCCAGCUGGAGUCAUCGAUGCCAUUCGGAAGCACUGUGUGGAGGGAAAGAUGGCCUUUGCCCCCAUGGUGAUGAGGCUGCAUUGCGGGGCCACCCCCCAGUGGCCUGAGGGCUACUGGGAGGUGAAUGGGUUCGGGCUGCUUGGCAUCUACAAGUCUGACCUGGACAGGAUUGGGGGCAUGAACACCAAGGAGUUCCGAGACCGCUGGGGCGGGGAAGACUGGGAGCUGCUGGACAGGAUCCUCCAAGCGGGCCUGGAGGUGGAGCGGCUGUGCCUCAGGAAUUUCUUCCACCACUUCCAUUCCAAGCGAGGCAUGUGGAGCCGCCGUCAGAUGAAGAUGCUGUAGCCGGAGGGUGUCUGCUGGGCCCAGCACUCCCUGCUCCUGGAUUAGCAGCGGCUCCCCAGGGCCCUGCUGCUGUUCAGGGAUGGGGAGUGGGGCGACGGCUGGUCCCCAAGAGGCCUCGAAGCUGACAGCCCACUCCAGCUGGAGCUGUCCCCUCACAGAGGCAGGUUCCAGGGCUCCUGUCUCUGCUUCCUGGGCCUUCAGGAGAGAGGAAUUUGACAGGCCACGAGGGGCCACCUGCUCAGCUGAGAAUGAGGACAGCUCCUGAGAAGGACCGGUCAGGAAGGAGAGAUCUGGCUGAGCGACACCAUCCUUAUCCAUGAAGGUGCACGCCCGUAUCCACCAAGCGCUCCUCACACCAAGCGCUGACCACCACACAGUCUUCUAGUGGACAUAUUUUAUUGGGGGGCGGGGAUUUUUAAAACAGAAAACCGAAACUGCUGUCCAGAGCGGGGGUGAGGCUGCCACUGAGGGACUGUCCCCACAUGCAGACCUCACACCCACUCCUGUGUCCCUUGGGCAUUGUCCCUGGCUGCGGGGCUGGUCCCAUGUGGGGAGUUCUCUGCUCCCCCCUGGGCUCGUGCCUUCCAGAGACACAUCUCCCAGUAGCCACCAAACAGCUGGCCACUGAUGAGGGCAUUAACCUUCUCUGGAUGGCUCACUUCAGACCAGAAGCACAGAACGAGCUGUUUCUGGUGCUUGGGCACUGGGAGGUGGGGAGCUGGCGGGCAGUGGGCUUGCCGCUCCCUGGCACUGGGCAUUCAGGCCUGCAGAACAGGCAGGGUGAUGGAGGCAGGGCAGAGAAGCCCUUUCCCUUCCCGGCGUGCCUGUGGGUAAGGCCUCCAGAGAGGACGUGGAGAAGAGGUACCGAGGAUGUGGACGGAUCUGUCGGUUUCCUUAGACCAGAAGCGGGUGGGGCCGGACAGAAAGGGAUGAAAAGGGAAGUGGAAGCUGUGAGCCUCCCAGUCCAGCUCUGCUGCAGACCUUCCCUUCUGCAGGGAGAGCCCUGGCCCCCCGGCCUUGAGUGGAAGAGGAGGAAAGGGUGUAUGGGGGCGAAACCCUGGAGCAGGGACCAGGGCGCAGGGUGAGAAGGGCGCAGGGUGAGAGGUUUGGGGAGGUGAGGACACUGCCCUGAGAUAUCUCCUGGAAGCAGGGAGAGGAGUGGGGGCAGGAGGAACUGAAGGGUGGGGCGGUUUCAGGGAAAAUAGUCCUUGGCCUUUUUAGUCUACGCCACCCUUUCUGUCACCUGGUGACCUUGUACUUCUCUUGCACUAAUAACCCCCGGUGCGUUUGUGGCUGGGGGUUUUUCUGUUGCUGCUGCUGCCUCCGCCACUGCUGUGAAUUUGUCCAUGGUGCAUCGGACACUGGAUCUUGAACUCCAGAGUCUGUUCAGGGAGGUGAGCACAGGGCUUGGGGAGGGGCGGCGGGGCCCAGAAGACCAGGCCACAGAGCCCCUGCUCUAGGCUGUGGCAGUCCAAACCACAGCACUGGAGCUGCAGGGUCUGCCCAGCGGGCUCUGCAUUCCCCGAGAGCACGAGGCUGGCAACGGGAGAAUGGAGCCCGUGGAGAACCUUUCGGGGAUCGGGGAGAAUCCCUGCCUCCCUUUAAGGAAUCAUGAAGGACAAAGACUUUUGAGUUACAGGGUGUGGCUUAGGAAGGCCAUACCUGCUCCCUGGGCUGUGGUGUUUUCUGUGCCCUGCUAAGGCCGACUGGCCGCUGGAGAAGGAUCACGGGGCAUAGGCUAGGGCUGCAGUUGGCCAGUGGGGCUGCCAGUUUCUUUCUGGGACCACUCUUGUCCUCGGGCAUUGCACUGGAAGGCUGGAACCAGCCCAAACUGCCCGUCUGCUUCACUUCCAACGGCCAGGAGCCAGCCCAGCCUACUACCCUGCCCACCACCCCACCACCCCUGCACCCUGGGCCAGUGCCUUGCAUUUGAUGUUUGUUACCUCCACACCAUCUGCCUUAAGAGGAAGGGCCGGGCAAGGCCCCUACUCCCUGGAGAAAUGUCUUGGGUAGGGGAGGGUGUGGGAUGGUGGGAGGGGAAGCAUUAAAUACAGCAACUUCUUAG